UUUCAACGUCGUCUCUUUCAACCAUAAUUUUUUUAAUUUUUUUUUUUCUCCGAGUACUUAAGCCCCAAAUUGAUAUUUCAAAUAAACCAUUCUGCACAUUUCUAUCAGAUCUGAAUAUCUGAUCUCAAUACCUGGAAAUUUCUUGAAGAACAGUUUUUGAGGAUAUCAAGAGGAAGAGGGAAAAGGAACAUAUGGUGUAAUGGCCUCUGAGAGGGAAGACUUUAGCCUUUCAGGACCAUUACACCUAACUUCUAUUGACUGGGGGUGUGCACACCAUCGAAGGUCUGUUGCUGCCAGUUUGGUUCAGGGUGUCUACAUUCUUGAACGGGACCGCCAAGCAAACCGUCAAGGUCCCCAUGCCCUUGCUCCUCCUUGGUGGGAGUUUUUCCAUUUUCGGCUGCUUCGUCACCUUGUAGAUGAUGCUGAUUUUUCCAUCUUUGGUACCAUUUAUGAAUUCAAUCCUCCAGCGUCUCACUCUAACCACUCACUAGAUGGAAGUCCACGAUAUGUGAUUGCUUUCCGAGGCACCAUAAAUAAGCCAGACUCCCUCUCACGGGAUCUCGAGUUGGAUCUGCACGUCAUUCGGAAUGGACUUCACCGGACAUCUCGUUUUGAGAUUGCUAUGCAAUCUGUCCGGAACAUGGUUGCUGCAGUUGGCGAUUCAAAUGUCUGGUUAGCUGGCCAUUCCCUUGGGUCAGCAAUGGCAAUGCUUGCUGGAAAAACUAUGGCCAAGACCGGCAACUUUCUUGAAUCUUUUCUUUUCAAUCCGCCAUUCUUUUCUGCCCCAAUUGAGAGAAUUAAGGAUAAAAGACUGAAACACGGGAUUCGAAUUGCAAGCAGUGUGAUCACAGCAGGGCUCACUCUUGCUAUGAAGGCUAAACACCAGAGGAAUAAGGCAGAGGAUCCAUUUGCUGCUUUGUCUACAUGGGUCCCUUGUCUGUUUGUGAACCCCAGUGAUCACAUCAGUUCAGAAUAUAUUGGGUAUUUUGAACACAGGAAAAAGAUGGAAGAGAUUGGUGCAGGAGGUAUUGGGAGGUUAGCAACCCAGAACUCGAUUGGAGGUCUGCUAAUGAAUGCAUUGGGGAAGGAGUCAGAACCACUACAUCUCAUUCCUUCUGCAAGUCUGACCAUUAAUCUGUCUCCUUCCCAGGAUUUUAAACAAGCUCAUGGAAUUCACCAGUGGUGGAGACCUGAUCUAAAUUUGCAAUCCAAGCUCCACAAGUAUAGACAACUGUUAUUAUCGUAAUUAUCGAUAUGAGUAAUGCUGUUUAGUAAACUGUUAUACGACUGUCAUACAACUGAGAUGACAUAACAGUGAAAAUCAACAUUUUGAUUUGCAAGGACUUGUAAAAAGAAACAAUGACUGAUUUUUACUGUUACGUCACUCUAAUCAUAUGGCAGUGUUAUAGCAGUCUACUUAAAUAGCAUUUCUCUAUCGUUAUUAUUUCCAGAUACACCUUACGAUUGUGUGAUGAUAAAUUAUUUUGGUCAUCCUUGUAAUUAAUGAUGGAAGCAGAUUUGAUCAGCUUGGUAUCCUGCAACUGCCUGAUCACAGCCAGUUCAUUUGAAAUUGACACUAGGAUAGAAGGCUGAUCUGUUUAUGGAUGGUAAGGGUCAGAGACCAUGGUUUGCAGCAAGGAGGUUUAAAGCCUCCAAAUUCUUUCGUGGCAUGUACAUUUGAAUUGAUUUGCAUAUUUGCAUGUUGUUAGUGAAUGUUGUAGUUUGUAUCCAAAGAAGUUGGUCUAUGUUAUGUAAGUUAUGUGAGAUUGAUUUCUUCCUUUUAUUCAAAUGCAUGUUGACUUGUUGAGUGGUGAUUAAACCA